AUGACGCAAGGAAAAGCCACCGCUACCGUCCAGGGCAGACAAAUUGCAUCGACAGAUGAGUACGAAGUUGUUGAAGGAAAUAUCUAUUUCCCACCUUCUUCCGUCAAUAUGGCGAUGCUGACCAAGACGGAUUAUACGACUAAAUGUCCCUGGAAAGGAGAUGCUUCGUAUUAUAGCAUCAAUCUUGAUAAGACGGAGCUGAAGAAUUCUGCUUGGUAUUAUCCUGCGCCUAGUGACAAGGCAAAGAACAUCAAGGACUAUGUUGCAUUCUACAAGAACAUUGUCGAUGUGAAGACGGAGUAA